ACCCCCACGGAUCCAGCACAGAGGAGGAUCCGGGAGCUUUCCAUGCUGAGUCAGCAGCUGCAGCAGGUUCACCCCAACGUCCUGGCCAAGGUGCUCAAGAAGGAAACAGUGUACCAGAACGAGGAGAUCGUGGUGAUUAACAAGCCCUAUGGCCUUCCCGUGCAUGGUGGCCCUGGCGUCAAGAACUGCAUCACAGAUGUGCUGCCCAUCUUGGCCAAGAUGCUGGAGAACAUGAGAGCUGAGCCCCUGCACCUCUGCCACCGGCUGGACAAGGACACCACAGGUGUGAUGGUGCUGGCACGGAGCAAGGAGGCAGCAGACAGGAUCCGACUGCUCUUCAAAACCCGCCAGGUGGAGAAGACGUACUGGGCAAUAGUCCUGGGGGACCCAGACCCUGCUGAGGGCAUCGUGGACAUCCCCAUCGUGGAGAAAGAGGUGCAGAGCCACCAGUCACACUACAAGAUGACGCUGGCUCCCAACUACCGCCUGUGUCCGGAGGACGGGAAGGUGGUGAGGACCCGCAGGAACCGGAGCGCGGAGAGUGCGGUGACACGGUACCGUCGGCUGGGCAGCGCCUCCGCCUGCUCCCUGCUGGAGCUCCAGCCCAUCACCGGGGUGAAGCACCAGAUCCGGGUUCACCUGGCCUAUGGCGUGGGGUGCCCCAUCCUGGGAGAUCACAAAUACUCACACUGGAGCAAGCUGGCACCCCAGAAGCUUCCUGAGCUCACCCUGAGGAGGCUGAAGCUGGAGCAGAGCAAGGCUCGGCACCUGCCUCUCCACCUGCACGCCUACCGGCUCUCCCUACCCCUGGGCCAGCGCAUAGACCUUGUCUGCAAACCACCUCUCUUCUUCCAAAAAUCCCUGAGGAGGCUGGAGCUGGACAUCGCUCAAGACUGAUGAGGCAGGGCCAGAGUGGUACCAGGUCUCUCCACAGCUCUGGCACGUGUGGCAGUGGCUGUGCCCGCCCUGGAGCUGGCGGUGAAGUGCAGCCUGUGAUCUCUGUGCUAGUAUUGGUGCUCUGGAUUCAGAGCAGGUACCUGCUUGUUCUUCUGGCUCAGGAAAGCAGCUGGACACAGUGAAAGAGCCUCUUGUUAGGACAAACGGGGCUGGGUAGAAGCUGAGUUUUGCCUGAUUGUGGUUUGAAUCUGUCUCCGAGCAAUAAAAGCUCCAGUUCCCU